GUUGUAAGAAUUCCUUCCUCCUAUAUUCUUUUAGCAUUCUAUCAAUCACUUGGGUAGGGUGACCGAUCCAUUAGUUGAUCAAACAUGGCUAUUGAUGACAGAGCAGGGGCUGAAAUUGUUCGCGGAAAGGAAGCUUGCGAUCGAUUUUUGUCAGAGCUGAUGAAACAGCUGGGAUUCCCCAGUGGUGUCCUUCCUACAGGAGAGCUAGAAGAAUGCGGGAGAGUGAGAGCCACGGGCUUUGUAUGGUGGAAAUGCAAGGCUUCUUAUGAGCACUUUAAUGUCGUAACCAACACCAAGAACAGCUAUGCUGCUGAGACCACAGCAUAUGUAGAGAAGGGGAGGAUGAAAAAGAUGACAGGCGUCAAGAGCAAGCAACUGAUGAUGUGGGUUCCCAUUGUGGAGAUGCACAUUGAUGGCAACAAGAUCACCUUCAAGACACCCAUGGGGGUCGGCAAGUCCUUCCCUCUCACCUCCUUCAUGAACCUAGAAGAAAAAAAGAAGUGGUUACUAGACAUUCCCUAAA